AUGGGAGUGGGACAAUCGCAUGAAGAUGCUGGCUAUACUUCUCCAGACCUGACGCCGAAUUUGUUCCCAUCAUCGAAGAAUAAGUCUGAUGCAGACGCAGAGCAAUUGAGCCUGAAACUAGCGGAGCGCUUUGCAACAAAAUGCUUUACCCCACUAGAGCUCACCCACUUCAAGGACAACUUCUAUCAGCGGGCGACAGAGCAGGGAGGGCUCAAGUACUGGAAUGAGAAGACGCUCUCAGACUUCCUGAGUAUCCCGGAUCACAGUGAUUCUCAUUGCCCUCUGGAUGCUGGGCCAGUUAUCUUCCGCAUGGCGUCGUAUCUUGGGGCUUUCCCUUUCCAGAAUUCGCUAGCACCUAGCGUUCUCACGUUAGAGGCUUUGAUAAAGGUGGUCGUGCUACUAACGGAGCGAUAUGGCAAAGUCCUCCGGCGAGGCCAAAAAAAUAGAAUCAGGUUACUUUUCGGAAGUCUAGCUGAUGUCGCCCGGAAGGAGAUUGAGAAGCCUGCUGAGAAUGAAGGGAAGGAAGAAGAUAUACCGGCCCCUUCACAAACCCGUGGCUUUGAUAUCGAUGCGCCGGCCAACGAUAACUAUGAUGAAGAUGAUGAGGAUGAUCUUGCACUCGCUGCUUUGGAAUCACUUGAUGCUAUCGAGGUCUUCAAGCACGACUCGCGCAUAGACAAGAGGGUCUAUGAGGCGCGCAUCUCUUUGAGCACGUUCCGUCGUCUCCUGAUGCUCUUGCUUGUGAUCGCGCCAUUGAAGCCUUUAGAGGAUAUUUCAAACUAUACGGUUGAUCUGAAUGAGACACGAAUGCUCUCUGUUCGAGAAGAAGCUGACAGUAUCCUGGCCGCUUUUGAGCAAGAGGCCUCUGGAGGAAUCAGCUAUAAAACAUUCGCAGAUACAAUCACUAGCUCUUUUCCAUAUCUAUUCGACCCUUUGACGCCAUUAUUUGAGCACCUUCUCUUCAGCAAGAAUCUAGACUUUUCCCAGCAUCGUGGAAGCGAUACUACCGAAGCGGAACAAAUGUCGCAACCGGUAAAAAGCUCACUCGCGUCAAUCACACUUCCAGGAAGCUUCGAAUCAACUAUUCUGAGCCCAAGUAUCAUAUCUCACCUUUCCUUCUUCCUCCCUUCAACUUCAGACAACCAGAACCUCCUACACGGCAACGUCCGCCUUCACCCUGUCUUCUCAAUCGCAGCGCAUGGUUCCUCUCUAACCUCAUUCUCCCACAACGUUCUCACCUGGCAAUCAGGCACCCUCUUCCUUCUCUAUGGACAAGACACUGAUACAGGAGACAUGCUCACACUGGGUGCAUAUCUCCCUCAACCUUGGAAAUCGCCAACCACAAGCCAAAGCACCUCCGACUUCUCAUCAUCCGUCCUCCCCUGCCUCUUCCUUCUAUCACCAUAUCACAUCCUUCUACGGGGUAACCCCUCACCUUCCGUCGUUGACAAACCAAACACACCCACCGCAUACUUCUCAACUCAUCACGGCAUUGCCAUUGGCUGCCGAAUACCACCGUCCUCGCGCACCCAAAAGCUGCCGCCCACGCCCCUCGGCGCCGGGAGUCUCGUGAUUGGGACGAGCCUUGAGUCCGCUGAACUCCACAUCUCCCCUUUCGGCCAUGACGGCGUCUUCCUGCCCCCAGGCGCGCAGCCAACUAAAUCCAAAUCAGAGACAAAUAUCGACAUCUACAACCUCGAAGUAUGGGGUCUAGUGCCGGGUUCCAAUCCCAAUGGAUCAUCAUCAUUGCAAAAAAGCGCCGUGGAGCUCCAGCAAGCAAGCUGGGACUUCGAAGCUAGAGAGGCAGAACGCAGACGCCAUGUCAAUCUGAGUGCUGGGGCAGGGGACUCGGCUCUCGAGCAGGCGAGGUGGUUGUUGGAGACUGCGGGGGUAAUUGGGGAUAGUAGCGGUACGGGAAGGUGUAGUAGGCAGUACGGCGUUGUCACAAUGUGUUAUCAAUAG